GUUUAACCUAAUCCUAAAAUCAGAUUUGAAUUUUAAACCCUAAUCCUUAAAGUUUAAAUCCGAUUUUAAGAAACCCGAAACCCUAAAAUAUAAAGCAUGUGAUUACAUGACUUUCGUUUUGUAUGGACAACAAGUGAUACCCCUUUAAGGAUGACACGCUAUAUGUCCAAACAAAACAUACGGUUAAUGUUUUCCACAUCUUUUGGUCAAUGAUGCAUACCAAUAGGUAUGACUAGACCAUAUGAAGUAAAGGUCGAUGAUACGUACUCUUAAGUACGAUUAGACCAUAAAACAAAAUCAAUGGUCGAUGAUGUUCACCCUCAGGUGCAACUAGAUUUUUCACCUAUGAUUCACGGUGAUCAUCCACGAUGAUCCGCGUUGAUCUAUGAUCCAUGAUGAUCCUCGAUGAUCCGCGAUGAUCUACGAUGAUCAGUGAUCCAAGGUGAUCCACGGUGAUCCUCGAUGAUCCACGGUGAUCCACAAUCACCGGUGAUGGAUGAUGCGCACCACAGUGCAGCUAAAUCACGAUCCGUUUUAUUUGGUCGAGGAUGUGUACCGAAUGGUACUACUAGACCAUUAAACCGCAUGGGUCGAUGUAGCAUACCAUAUGGUAUGCCUAAACCAUGCACUCUUCCAUCCCACUAUUUUCAAGGGAUUUAUAAAUCAAAUAAGUUGAUUAAGUGAUGGAUGAGUUAUGAGAAAGUAAAUUUCUAAAGAGAAUGCAAACUGGCCGUAUGGCCCUCUUAUUUGUUUGCUGGCAAUGUGAUUUAAUUGUGUAAUAGCCGAAUGGCAUUGGUCACACAAGCCAUAUGGCUUUAUUGUUUACAUACUGGCCGAGUGCCUUUUAUUUCUUGGAUAGCCAAUGGCAUCAGAAAUUGUAUGUACUAACACAAAUCAUUUUGAUAUAUUCAGAUGUCGAGACUCCAUCACUCGGAUUACCCAGCCCUUGAUCUCAACGGAGACAAUUACCUUGAUUGGGCGAUGAACACUUCAUUUGAUUUAAAGUCUAAAGGACUUGGGAAGUGUAUCAAAUACGGCAAUGAUACCCUUGCAUAUGAAAGGCGUAGAGCUGUUUUGAUAAUGAGAAAUCAUCUCGUGAAGGAUCUGUAUGAUGAGUGCAGUUACAUCAACGAUCCUUACGAUCUCUGGUCGAGAUUGAACACCAUGUUUUUCGAGCCAUUACUAGAUGAGUCCAUGAAAGAAUGGAAGGCUCUGAGGUUCCAGGAUUAUGAAUCCGUGGAUGACUAUCACUUUGAUCUUAUGAGAAUCACCUAUAGUCUUAAACUAUGUGGUGAAGUGAUAACAAACUAUGACUUGUUAAGCAAGACUCGUGACACGAUCCAUUCAAAGGAAGUGUUUUUAUCACAGAAGGCUAAAGGUUUCACAACCUAUUACGACCUUCUCUCAUACCUUUCAGCUCUUGAGGAAAAGAAGCAAAAAGGAAAGUCAACCUCGACAAACUCGACUAUGUUAUGGAGAUAAGUGCCGAGUAUCAAUGUGAGAUGAUAUACGGUGAUGCUGAAGAAGCUAAGAAAAGAAAAUUCGGGUGGACUCAUAUAGAUGAUGAGAUUGGUUUAUUCAUUGAAUAGAGAACCAAAUGUGAGCCACGUCCAAGAUGUUAUUAUGGACUGGCCGGCUAUUGUUUAAGCCUUUUGACAUUCUGAUUUCAUACUUAUGAUUUGGUGUUUUCUUUUAAAUAUAAUUUGUCAUUCAAAUUUCAUAGCAUUAAUAAAAGUUUUUCUUUUAUCUUGA